UCUUUUGUCUAAACCAAAAUCAAAUUUUGCUGCACUUCCUUGGCCAAAUCGUUGUUGUUACAUUUGCCUCGAAGCCAAAACAGUUAUAUGGCAGUUAACGCCACGCAAUUUAUUUCUGGACUGGACUGCUUGAGUGUUCCGACAUUUACGCUGCUGUUCGAUAAAUGGAACAAACGGAACUAUGGUAAUGCCACCUCACCAUGGCAGCCCCAAAAAGUGAACUGGACAACAAGCCAACUGCAACUGGUAGCGGUUUCCAAGGAAAGUAUGGGUCAGCUCCUUCCACUUAUGAUUCAAAUAUAUAACUAUGUAAAUGUUUUCACCUUAACACGCUCUAGUUUGCAGUUAAGAGGCAAAUAUAACCGUCGAGUGCCAGACCAACCUGUAGUUGACUCACGUCGCAGCGACGUUUCCAUUGAACCCGAAAGCAUUCACUGCAAUCGGUCCAAUGACUUUCCGAAGUCAUGGCCACCGUUUACAGUGGUCUGGUGGCUCAGACGCAGUGUUUGCUAAUUAGUCGGGCAGGCAAAAGUAGGGAACCCAUAGGAUCACGUGCUUUUUCUCACCUCUCUUUAACACCAUACACACACCCAUCUCGCCGGCUUACAAACUGUCGUAGAACGAUGCCAUGACUGCGGAGCUGUAAGAAUCGAGGCGGUAAACGUUAGCAAGAGCUCGAGCGGACAACAUGAACUUGUUGGCGAAAAGCAUACUGUUCCUUUUCACUCUGGAGGCUGUGAGUGCUUUAGAGGCCAAUCUCACUUCGUGGCGACAUCACAGAAGGCAAAAACGGUUCCUGAUUUAUCAGAAUGGCGGUGUGGUCAAGUUUGUUUCGGGAUGUGCAUUUCCGGUUCCGUUUAUGGAGAAAAAGGCGUGGCGCCAGUUGGUUUGGCUGAUGAACUUUCACUAUCAGUUCAACGAGCCACAAACUCCAAUCUACUGGUGGAAACUGUGGGAUGGCUCCCGAAAUCUCAAGGGACCCUUGACCCAACCAGCUCCUCCAUCGGCUCCAGCUCGUCUUUUGGUGGAUGAGCCUCAGCUGCUGCUUUUCAAGUUCGCCGAGGCGUAUAUGAACCAGUUGGGUCAAAAUGGUAGUGCCUGUCUGGAACGUCUGAUCUGCGAAAAUGGUCAGGUGGAUGAGCAUAGUGGACUCUACGCCCAACUGCUCCACAGGCUGUUAAGGUAAGUUGACUUUCGCGUAAGCUCAAGUCGCAGAUAACUCGAUGUAUCCUUUAGACCUCAUCGAACGCUGGACGUGAGGUAUUUGGAUGCCUACAGGAUGGGUCGCCAUGGCGUUGACUGCCGAAAUGCCUUUCCAGAGGCCCAUCAUUGCGUUUUGGAUGACUACAUACACCUCCAUGAGCGAGGACCGAAACAGAGUUUUCUUUAGCCGUAGAAUUCGAUUUCUCUUUGGACACAUGGCGCUGGCUGUCAGUAGUUCGAUAACAUUUACAUGACAUGUACAAAACUAAUUAAUGAUAAUUAAA